AUGGUUCGCAAGACUUCAUCUGGGUUCUUCACCUCAAUCCACGAAGACAUGCCUCUACACGUGUCAAGGGGUUACGACCGCAUGGUCCAGCACUCUGCCUACCCUCCGACAUCUACGCCCCCGAGUCUACAGAAGGAGAAAUUCGCGCCUGAGAAAUACACCCAGCCAUACCUUCACUUUAUGACCAACAACCCGACGGUGUUCCAUGCGGUCGAUCACUUUACCUCCAAGCUCGCAAAAGCUGGAUAUGUCUACCUGUCCGAACGAGAACAAUGGAAGAUCAAGGCUGGAGGGAAAUAUUACACAAAGCGUAAUGGAAGUGCAUUUAUAGCAUUCGCUGUCGGGAAGGACUAUAAGCCUGGCAAUGGCGUUGCGAUAGUGGCGGGACACAUCGAUGCGCUCACGGCAAAGGUCAAGCCCAUACCCAAGCUACAGACCAAAGCUGGUUAUGUCCAGCUGGGAGUCGCCCCUUAUGCGGGAGGCAUGAAUUCUACCUGGUGGGAUCGUGACCUGGGUAUUGGUGGCAGGGUACUGGUCAAGGCCCACGACGGCCGCAUAGUAGAGAAGCUGGUCAAGCUGGACUGGCCCAUUGCGAGAAUACCGACUUUGGCUCCUCAUUUCGGCGCGGCAGCUCAAGGACCCUUCAACAAGGAAACAAAUAUGACUCCCAUCAUUGGACUUGACAAUUCAGAUGCAACAGGAAAGGAACAGCCCUCUCUGCAACUUCCUGCUGGGACCUUUGUCGCAAGCCAGCCAGAGCGACUGGUCAAAGCGAUUGCCGGGCAGCUAGGAGUUUCGGAUUACACCGACAUUGUCAACUGGGAACUUGAGCUUUUCGACAUUCAGCCCGCCCAGCUCGGUGGCUUAGAUAAGGAAUUUAUCUUCGCCGGCCGUAUCGAUGACAAGCUUUGUUGUUUCGCCGCCAUUGAAGGUCUUGGCUCCUCGGAUGAGGAUUCUCCUGGUAUCAUCAAAAUGGUCGGAUGCUUUGACGACGAGGAAGUCGGAAGUUUCUUGCGACAAGGUGCUCUAUCCAACUUCAUGCCGAGCGUGAUCUCGCGCACGGUCGAGGCUUUGAACAAUUACUCCGGCCCGAACCUCAUCAACCAAACGCUCGCCAACUCGUUCCUUGUUUCUUCAGACGUCAUUCACGCAGUCAACCCUAACUUUCUCUAUGCCUAUCUCGAGAACCAUUCACCACGACUGAACGUGGGAGUGGCUGUCUCGGCCGACCCCAACGGCCACAUGACAACUGAUAGCGUGUCUACCGCGCUGUUGUCCCGGGUCGCUGAAAAGUGUGGAAGUAAAUUGCAGGUCUUUCAAAUUCGGAAUGACUCCAGAAGCGGGGGCACAAUUGGCCCGAUGACUAGCUCACGCUUAGGUUGUCGUGCAGUCGAUUGCGGCAUCCCGCAAUUGUCGAUGCACUCAAUCCGAGCAACCACCGGCGCCCUGGACCCCGGCCUCGGAGUACAAUUAUAUAAAGGCUUCUUUGACCACUACCAAGAGGUUGAUGCCGAGUUUGCCACCUGA